AUGAACGAAGACCUUUCACGAAUCAGCGAGAUUAAUUUGGACACGGCGCAAUCCCCGACGGCGCAACUACCGACGGCGCAACUACCGACGGCGCAACUACCGACGGCGCAACUACCGAUGGCGCAACAACCGACGGCGCAACUACCGACGGCGCAACUACCGAUGGCGCAACAACCGACGGCGCAACUACCGACGGCGCAACUACCGAUGGCGCAACAACCGACGGCGCAACUACCGACGGCGCAACUACCGACGGCGCAACUACCGAUGGCGCAACAACCGACGGCGCAACAACCGACGGCGCAACUACCGACGGCGCAACUACCGACGGCGCAACUACCGACGGCGCAACUACCGAUGGCGCAACUACCGACAGCGCAACUACCCACGGCGCAACUACCGAUGGCGCAACUACCGACGGCGCGUGAGGACAGUCCCUCGAAAAUCAGCACAAAUCCUGAUGAAUCAGGACACCUGGCGUCGAGAAAAUCCAAACUACACGUACGCAGAAAUAGCAAAACCGUUGAAUGUGGCGAAAUCAACCGUCACCAGAGUAAUAAAACAGUUCGGGGAUCGUAUUUCUACAACUAG